AUGAGCCACAAAAGAGCUCAGGCUCAAAAAAAAGAUGUUCGGAAAGAACUGGAAAGUUUGGGACGUUGUUUAGAGGGUGAAGAACUAGUAAAGGUAUUAAUGGAACGAUUAGUAGCAACUGAAGAAGAGAAAGCUACCCUUAUCCGGAAAGUAGAAGAAUUAUCCAAAAUACAAAAAGCAGAAGGUGGAUUAAAAAAACAAAACGAAUUGCUCACGAAGAAAGUAGAAGUGCUUAAGAAUUUAUUAAUGAAGACCGAGUUAGCAAAAUCGAAAUUAGAGAAUUUAUGUCGUGAAAUGCAAAAAGCUCAACGAAAAGCACAUGAAGAACAUGUAGAUAAAUUGCGUGAGCUGGAAAGAAAUCGUAAGGGUAUGAUUGAACAAUUCAAAGAAUCAGUAGCAGGGAUUCAAAAAUCGAUGGAAUCAGGAAGAGAAACUUCAGAAAGAUUGACUAAUGACAAUGCGGUGCUAUCAGAAAAAUUGAAAUCCUUAGCACAAGAAUACGAUAAUAGGAUUGCUGAACUCACAAAACAGUUUGCUGAAAAGACAGAAUAUUGUGAGAAACUAACGGUGGCUCGUGAUAUGGAGGUUGAAUUGUAUAAAACAAAACUUCAAACCGCUUUGCUAGAGACUCAGAAAUGUACACAAGAAAAGUUACAGCUUCAGAACGAGCUACUGGCUCGAGAAUUAAAAGUGAAGGAAGCCAUUGAAGGAGAAAAAGCUAUGCGUGAGCAAAUCGACAAAUAUACGAAAAAAUAUAACGAGCUUCAUCUAAGUCUCAAUAACUCCAAUGAAACAUUUGACAAAUUUCGACGUGAAAUGGAACGAAUGAAUUCAAACGUUAUCAAAGUAGAAAAAGAUGCUCGUAAAUGGAAAGCGAAAUUUGAUGAAACUUCUCAAGCUCUCGCUGCAGCAACGUUAAAAAUUAAGGAUUUUGAAGACGUGUGCGCGCUAAAAGAACGACAGUUGCUGCAACUACAAAACUUAUGCCGAGCACUAAAAUCUCAAAUUCCCUAA